AUGCUUGGCUAUUUCAAUCGAACUUAUUCGGAACUUCAGGGAACUUGGAAAUAUUAUGCUCCUCUUUUUAUCAUUGAAGCCCUUUUCAUUUUUAUGACCACAAUUUUUAUGCUAUUUUGGAUUUAUGUUAUAAAUACUGCUCAAAGUGUUCAUAGAAAUGUUCGAUUUUUGUACACAGUUUAUUAUGGGCAAUACUGUACACAGACAUUUUUUUGGAUCAUUCAACCAAUAUCGAUUUUAUUGGGUAUCAUCGAUGGUGAGCUAUAAAAACCUUAUUGUAACUGAAGAAACAUUUUCAGAUACUACUCUAGCUCACACAAAAAUUUUCAAAGUUACAAAUCUUUUCAGACAUAUUGGCUUGACGUAUGGUAAGUUUUAGAAAUUUCACUCAUCUAAUUCUCCUCUCAAGUUUUCAGCAUUUUAUAGUUUGCCAGGUUUUAUUGUUGAACGUAGUUUUGCAACAUGGACUGUUCAAGAUUAUGAGCAUAAUCCUUAUCCAAAAAUUGGAAAUAUUAUUGUAAUUGUUCAAUCUUGCGUUUCUUUGGGUUUUGGAAGUCAUUUUAGUAUAGCUUCAAAUACAAUUCCUCAUAUUUUUGUUGCAUUGAUGAUAAAUAGUAUGGCAGUGGCUACGAAUUUUUAUAUUGCUCAUAUCAACAAAAAAUAUUAUAAUACUGAACAUUUAUCGUAUUCAUUAUCUGAAAGAUUUCAAAUAACUGAAAAUCUUCGAUCUUCGAAAAUGUUUGAACGCAUUGUUUAUAGCACUAGCUUUUUCAAUGUGAUUGUUAAUACUUGUAUGAUUUUGGAUAACUAUGAAUACUCAAUCAAAUUUAAAAAUUUGUCCAGCGUUUUGUGUGAUUUUUCAAUUCUUAUUUAUGGUUUUAUUGUUCCAUUGAUCACUGGUUUACAGCAAGAAUCAUGGAUGAAACAAGUUUAUGUUUUAAUGGUAAUAACUUUUAAUAAAUAUUGGAUGAAUCAAAAAUAAUUUGUUUCAGAGUCGAUGUUCUUCAAAACGAAUAACUCCUUCAACAAACAGUUUUACCCAGAAAAUGGAGAAGAAAACUGUGAGAAAAGAAGAAACUACAGUAUAUUUUGAUAUGUUAAACACGCAGUGGAAAUAA